GUCAGAGGCACCUACCUAAGGUGAUUAUGUAGAACGUCUCUUCACCUUUGUCCUUACUCAACCAAAAUGAGGAUCAGCCAGCUAUAUACGUACCCUAUCAAAUCGCUACGACCCACCGCCCUCUCUGACGCAUGGGUAACCCGGCAAGGCUUCCAGUAUGAUCGACGGUUCAUGCUGCUGAAAUGGGUACCGGAUGAAGAAGAAGAGAAGGAGGAGGAGAAGAAGAAGAAGAAGCCCAAGAAUAUGCACAUCUCCCAUAUUCCCGAGAUGGGGCUGUUCCAAACGGAUAUCAUCUUCCCCACGGACCACACGCCUGGGACGCUGGUGGUGACGUAUCACCCGCCAACAAACAAGACGGGACAGGAAGACGCCGGUGCAAAAGAUAAUGUAACAAGCAAUGACCGGCGGAUCGAGAUCCCGCUCGAGCCGGAUGUGGACGAGCUGGGCGCCUCGGCGGGGAUUACGGUCGAGAUACACGGCAGCCCAACCCGGGCGUACGACAUGGGCCAGCUUUAUAACGACUGGUUCAGUAGAUGGUUCGGGUACGAUGUUGUGUUGGCGUAUCUGGGUGAGAAUGGACGGCGGGUCCUGGGUACGUUUUCGCCUCGACUGAGCUCUGCGCAUCGUCAGCCCUCCUCCUCCUCCUCCUCCUCGUCGUCAUCGUAUAGUGCGUUCGGCCUGUUAUCCAAGGUAGCAGGGAGGAUUCCGUAUCUAGGCUGGGAUAACGGUGGUGAAGAUGAAGACGAGCGGAUCACGUUCGCCGACUGCGCGCCGUACCUUGUUGUCUCUGAGACGUCGCUGCACGACGUCACAGGGCGGAUCGGAACAGGCGAGGUGAUGGACGUGACCAAGUUCCGGCCGAAUAUCGUCAUCUCCGGCGCGGAGACGGCGUGGGAAGAGGACUUCUGGGGCGAGCUGGCGAUUGGGGACCAGCAGGGCGGCGACAGCACUCGUCUAUUACUCACGGCCAACUGUGUGCGGUGCACGAGCAUCAAUGUCGACUACGCCACAGGGAAGGCUGGGCAGGGGGAGAGUGGGAAGAUCUUGAAGAAGCUGAUGAAGGACCGCCGCGUGGAUAAGGGUGCCAAGUACAGUCCUGUCUUUGGACGAUAUGCCUUUCUAAGUAAGGAGUCCAACGGAGACUUUGUCCGCGUCGGCGAUGAAGUCACGGUCCCCUGGCUGAUCGCGGAACGCACUACCUAUGACUGGCCAGGGUUGACGAAUUGAAGAAUGGAAUGAUUAAUGAUCAUGCUAUCAUUAGCCAUGAAUUUAUACCUAUGUUAGCCACUACUCUGUACAUUGGAUGCUCUCUGCUCAUUAGACCAUUAAACUACGUACUUCAAUCUCCUGCUAGAACCUUUAUAGAGCAUAACCCAUUUAUCCAUCUGUUUCCUCUCAAAUGACUGCC